UGACCCAGGUUCUAUAUAUUUUAAUGGAGAACGAUGACUUCCAUGUUGAGCUUCAACUUUGACAUACCUCAAAUAAUUUUGGUUACAUCAAUGGGAGCGUAAAACUUUUAAAUCUUUCAAUUCACAAAAAAUAUAUGACACAUUAGGACCCCAGAAAGCCACACAGACAAACGGGUAACUGUGUUUGUCUCUGAACUUAUUCGAGCUGUUCUUUUUCUCCAGAUCCAACAUCCAGCACCAUCAUGGCAAACUUCGAAGAUCUCAUCGAAGAGCUCGGGGGAUUGGGAAAGUUCCAAGUCUUUCUCACCUUCUGUAUCAUCUCCUGUCAGUUCUUCAUAGGCUGGAGCAUGUUGCAAAUGUCUUACUCAGGCCUCAUUCCGGACUAUCGUUGCCUUAUCGGUGAUGACGUCGACAACACUACCCAAAGGUAUCUGAACAACAAUCUCAACGUAUGUGAAGUCAACGGAACAUCUUGUACGAGUUAUCACUUUUACGGAUCUUCCAAAACCGUUAUCAGCGAAUGGGAUAUCGUCUGCGAUCUCAAAUGGGCCAAACCUACUAUUACGUCAGUGCAGAUGGGCGGUGUGCUGCUCGGUGCGAUCCUAGCAGGUCAAAUGAGCGACACGCUAGGCAGGAAAAACUCUCUCUACUCUUUCGUCACUUUCCACAUUGUGCUGAACGUAGUAGCGGCGUUCUCUGUCUCCUGGAUCAUGUUCGCAGUGUUGAGAUUCUUCAUCGGCGUAGGCAUCGGCGCAGUCGUCGUCAUUGUUUUUAAUUACCCAAUAGAGUUUCUACCUAUCAAAUGGCGACCUGUGCUGUCAAUCAUCCCUUCCUGGACACUGGGCGUUGCUUUAUUCUCCGCUGCAGCUUUAGUUCUCGAUAACUGGUCACACUUACACCUGGCCUGUGCUAUCUUGUCCACACCGUCACUGCUUGGAUUUUUCUUUGUUCCCGAAAGUAUCCGGUGGCUUGCCGUGCAGGGGAGGCUGAAGGAAGCAAACGCAGUCGUGGAGAAAAUUGCCCGAUUCAACGGAACUGAGAUACCUGUAAACACCGCAAAAAUCUUACAAGAGGUCGUCGAUACAGAAAGGAAAAGUCGGGAAACGGCCCAAAAUUAUAUAUACCUUGACUUGUUCCGUAGUCUCAACAUGGCCAAAAACAACGUUGUUCUUUGGUUUUUCUGGUUUUCAUUGUCUUCCAGUUUUUACGGAAUAUCGUUUGGCGUGGCAAGCUUGUCCGGCAAUCUGUAUUUGAAUAUCUUCCUUCUGGCAAUCAUGGAGCUUCCUGUGCAGUUCAGCACAUUCUUCCUCAACAACAAAUUCGGCCGAAAGAGGUCGAGUCUGGCCUUCUUCACGUUAGCAGCUCUACCUUGUCUGGGAUGUCUUCUCGCUCAACUCUUAGCCUCAGAUGACGUUCGGGGGCCCGCUGUCAACGGUUUGAGCCUUACCGCCAAGAUGAUGGUCGGCGCCGCCUGGUCUUGUGCUCAGAUCUGGACCUCCGAGCUUUACCCGACAGUAGUGAGAAAUCUGGGUUUCGGAUUCGGCAACGUAGGAGCCAGAGUGGGCGGCAUUGUGGCACCGUUCAUCAUCAACCUGGACGACAUGCCUGUAGUCGCGUACGCCGUGAUGACGGGUCUGCUGUUCUCCUGCUCGGUACUCACACUUGUGCUGGCCGAGACCAAGGGCUCAACAUUGAGUGACAGCCUGGCCACAGACACAGAGGGCGGGAAAAAACAGAACCAUCAUGAGAAAGGAGAAAUGGAUAUGGGGAAUAGAGUGGGUGGAGGGGGAGGAGAAGGCGAGAAAACAAAAUUAGAAAACUGAGUUUAGACGCUCAAGGAGAAAGUAAGGGGAUGUGGUAAUAAUAACAGCCAUUAAAACUGUUGGAAAAUGACUAACUAUUACUUAAAAGUCAACUGUUCCAAUCAAGGUCAAAGCCCCAUUCAUCAUUAAAAUAAUCAAACCAACGAAAGGAUUUAAAGUUUUACUUAUUCUUUUUAAUAAUUUUCCAAACUAACCAGUCAAGAGAAAUAUUUCAACUGUUCAUGGAAAGUGGUCCUUUAUGCAAUAUCCCGAAUACAUUUUAACAUUACCAUAUAUCAGGGUCCUCGACUUAAAAGUGAAUCCAAGCAUUUUUCAAUGUUCAUACAAAAUACUAACAAAGAAUCACCCGUAGAACCACCCCAUCCCAAACCAAACCAAAACAAAACAAAA